AGCGACAGCCUCGCCCUGUAAUCUUCGUCGACGAGAGAGAACACGCGUUUUGAAAAAAAGAUUCGGAAAGCCCCCGCGUGCUUCAAUUUGUGUACACAGAGAAGGUUAGGCAUCUCGCCGGUGUAGUAGUUUAUGAAAAGACAAAACUGUCGUGGCACCUUCCGUGGAGUAAAAUCAAUUGUUUUCCAGUUUUAGAAUUCUCAACACAAUGGAUUACGACGGCAAAACCCAGUUCAUCCAAUCGGAACUCGCGACGGCGAUGGCAUCGAGGAGGAAAUUUCUCCAGCAUCUUUUCGCGUCCGUGGUAGUCGUCGGUGCCGCUGCUUGGAUCGGCGGCUUGGAGUACGCGGUGAGAACGUUGCUGGCGGUGUGACAAAGCCAACAGUAAACUUUUGGUUGUUUGUUCUGCAAACGGCGUACCAAACCGCUGAUCUGCUGCGCCGAGAUUCUCGCCGUGCAAAGGUUAAUAUUGAUAAUUUUCCCCAGAAGAGACGACGACAGCCUACGUGUCACACGACCUCCUUGGGAACAAGCCAUUCACCAUGUCGGCGUUCGAUCUUGGGCACGUUGGAAAUAAGAAUACGGAGAAAUUCGCGACCGCGAGCAAGAAGCCUGGCGGGGGUAAACCCGUGGAACUGUCCCAGCAAAAAGUCAAUCUGAUCCUGGAAUAUUUCCGCAAGAACCGGCGUCCGCUGAAUGUCGUGGCGCUCGUGGAGAAUCUGAACGGGGCGCUGACGAAAAAGGAGGUGGAGGCACUGUUGCUGCACGAACAGGUCGCACCGUUCCUCGUCCGGCGGGAGAUCGGGGCCCGGAGCAGUGCGUACCUGUACCGGGAAGCAGACUUGCCGGUGGAGGAAGGGGUGAAGGCGGAAUUUUGCAGAAAAAACGGUGGUGUUGAUCACGUUUCUCCUGCUGGCGCGGUGGAAAACUUUUCCCUUCUCCUGGCGAAGAAGUCCGCCGAGGUGAAGCAGCGGGUCAGCCGGCUGAAAGCAGAAAUCAAGGCGGAAAAGUAGUGCAAUGAAAACUGUAAAGUGCGGCUCCACCAGAUCUUUCAACUGUUUGUAUUCUCUCGACGUUCAGCACACGGAGCCCUUUUGUAGUGCAUGAAGGUGGGAGCAAUCUGGUGCGUUUCGUUUCAGAAAAAUAGUGACCCAGUUGCCCCUCUUUAGUUUAACAUAUCAGACGUCAAGUAUACUGUGGUGCUGUGUGCAGCAUAGACACUUUCCCUAGAAAUUCGGCAUGCAGCUACAUGCAAUCUUUCCAACAAACACCUGCACAAUCUGGUUGUCGGGGCGCUUUUCAAGAUGAUAAAAAGGACAAACAGGCUAAGGAGAAGGAAGCUGCGAAGCUGAAGACCCAGUACGGAGCAGCGGUGAGGGAACGGGAGGAGCUGGUAUACCUACUUAGGAGUGGUUUUCUUCUCAAGUUUCGAUCUGAUUCGCAUUCGCCUCAACUGCGUUUGUCGUGUUGCGGAUACCAGAGAGGACUGUCUUGACUGCGCCUGUGCCUACACAACUCACGACCUCCACGAAACUCAGAUCACUAGAUAUUUCGGAUCAUUUAUUACGCAGUUUUGUUCGGGUCAUCUCUACCAGCAGGUCCGGGUAAUUUUGUGAUGCAAAAUAAUGUCAAAUAAAACACAAAAGACCGCGACGAAGAGUACGUUGGAGGCGCGGGCCCAGCUGCGCCAAGAGAUGAACUACGAUCCGGCGCCGUUUUGUAUGAAUUGCAAAAGUAUCGAACUCGUAUACUAAGUGCCAGACUUGCAUGAAAAAACUGCUUCCUUGGGCAAUUCAGCAUGGCAAAUUCCAAUUGGCAUCUUGAGAAAAGUUGUGAUGCGACUCCUACUAGUGCGAUGCUUUUGCAAUGCAUAUUCUGGAAGCUGGUCCAAAAGUGGGUGCAGCGAAAAAAAACCUGCUUCUCCUUGGUGGACGCGGCGGUUGGGGAGAACGGGAACUAUCCUGUGUAAAAACGUCCCCAGCCCAUACUUGUCAUGCAGUUUUGCAUCUACAGAAACGUCUGUCAUGCACAGCCGCACGAGAGGACUUCGUGGUAGUGUUUUGGAAUUGGUAAUGCUGUAAACAGGAUAAGCAGAUGGAUUUGUAAUGCGCCUGUCCGUGCUCACCUCCACGACGCUACAGAUGGAAACUUGUCAACCUGCAUAUCUCCCUAAGCUGGGAGAUUUUUGUAUGCGGAUUUGCCGGUGGGGCGAAGACGUUUUUCCCGAGAAUAGGAACCGGGUGGAGUUUAUGGAAUCAAUUGGGUGUGACAUGGACAAGGAGGGUCUAAAGCCGGACGACUACCAGUGGUUUGUUUCCACCUGCGGCGUACCGAGGGACUGAGAGUCAUUCCGCGGUUCGGAAUUCGAUCGGCGCGUGUAGAAUUUUGGAAGAAGUUGCAGAACUGCAUUGUAAAAUUGCGAACAGGUCGUGGUUGUAAUUAUUGAUACGCGAACGCUGAGCUGCAAACGAACAUUUCUCGAUUUGAAGACGUGGCAAGAACUUUUCUUUGCGCUGUGCUCGUGAAGGAUUUAGAUAGUAGAAACGCUAGUCGAAAACAAGUCAGCCAACAAUCUACGAUCGGUCAGAGUUGUAGUGCGUGUACUGACGAGCUUUUGAUUUUGUUUCUUCACGACAGCUUUCUCUUACCUUUUGACCAGAACUUCUGAGAUGGUGCUGGUGCUCUGCUGCACAGGUUCCCAGUAAUUUUGAUUUACCUCCACACUGUCACUCCCAGCAAUAAUGAAUCAUCAACUUGAUGAAGGUGUGCUUUACAAUCCUAAAAUCGUGCCCAGACAGGGAAAUGCCACAACCACUAGUCGAUGAGGACUUGUUCAUCGCAAAAAGUAAGAUUUUGCUACUCG